AUGCGUUCCUCUCAGAUGUCUAAACGAUUCUAUAGGUUAGACAAUGUGUUGAACUCCGAGUACUUAGACAAUGGACGGAAGGCUGAGGAGGAGAACCGGUGGUACUUCGAGGUGGCGACCGAAGUGCUGAACAAAGUCGGAGGCAUUCACACCGUUAUCCGAUCCAAGGCUCAGAUCAGUCGCGAGGAGAUGGGCGACCAGUACUGCCUGAUCGGGCCCUACAACGAGAGCACUGCCCUCACGGAAGUGGAGGUCGAGACGCCUAAGAGCCCAGUCAUGCGGAACGUCAUAAACACGCUAAAAGAGUCGGGCGUUCGCGUGGUGUACGGCCAUUGGCUGAUCGACGGCUACCCACAGGUGCUGCUCGUGGACUACGGGUCGGCCGCCUGGAAACUUGAUGAAUGGAAACACGACUUCUGGAACCUCUGCAAUAUAGGCGUUCCCUUUCAGGACAGGGAGACUAACGACGCCAUCAUAUUGGGCUACUGUGUCGCCUGGAUUCUCGAGGAGUUCUACAAACAGGUGGGGCUGGACAGGGGGUCGGCGCCCAACAUGUUGGCCCACUUUCAUGAGUGGAUGUCGGGCGUGGGACUCAUACUGUGCCGCAUCCGGCACCUGGACAUCGCCACUGUAUUCACAACGCACGCCACACUACUGGGCCGCUACCUGUGCGCCGCCAACAUUGACUUCUACAACAACCUCCAUCUGUUCCACUUGGACAGGGAGGCCGGCGAGCGCCAGAUCUACCACCGCUACUGCCUGGAGAGGGCGGCCGUGCACUCGGCGCACGUGUUCACCACC